AUGCCAAAAAUAGAAGGAAAGGAUGGUAAGGUUCUUGGUACAUUAAACAAACAUCGUUACCACCAAUACCCGGUGAAUCAGUUGCGGAUAAUAGAUGAUCUGUGUAUCAAAGAUGAUGUUGAAGAGAAAAUUACAGAACAUGAUAGUGAGACGGCCGCUGAAAUCAAUAAAGAAAAAAAGAUUACCAGAAAAAUUUAUAGAAUUGAUUUAAUUAUAACCUAUUUAUUAUUUUAUACCGCUUUAUUGAUGCAAUGGUUAACAUUACUUGCCAUAUCUGGGGAUCUAAUAAAUCUUCGUAAGAGACAAGAACCGGGAACGGAAGUUACAUUAUCAACAGAACACACUUGCGGUGAAGAAAUUAUUAAUGGUAAAAAACCGAAAAUGAUUUGUUUAUUGGCUAAAGAUGAUGUUGAUAAGAUUCCUGGUAAAGGGAACGAGAAUUUUGAAGUCUUUCUUAAUUAG